AUGUUCUAUAGCCAUGAGAUUCUUACUUCUCCUGAACAUGGGGUUGCUACGGUCUGGCUUGUUGCCACCCUGGGCUCGAAAUCCGUCACUAGAAAAUUGAACAAGAAGGCUAUACUGGAUGUGGAUGUCCCCAAGACGUGCGGUGUCAUUAUGGACCCGGUGGCGCCGAUGGCUUUGAGACUUCAGGGGAAUCUACUAUAUGGGGUGUCGAGGGUAUACAGCCAACAGUGUGGAUACACCCUCACCGAUGUUCAAGCCAUGCAUGACAGGAUGAGAGCUCUGCUGAAGGUUCUACCGGGAGGUGGUCUUGACCCUAUGGCAGGGAAGGCUAGACCAGAUCAGCUCAUUUUACCCUACGAUCCGAGUUUCCUUCCUGAAAAUAACCUCCCUGGCUUGGGGCUAGAUUUUUCACGCUUGAAUCUGUCGAUUGACUUAGACCCGAGUCAACAACCAAGUCGGAUGUGGCCUCAGACCCCUGAUCUUAGCCAAUCUGCUCUCUCCCAGACUGAUAGUCUGAAACUCGAUUUAUAUUCUAAUAGAUCAUUGGUGGAUAUAGAUGGCUUCAGCGCAGGUACCAGUGCGAGCCGGUAUGGAGGGAUAGGCAUCGACUUUGGCGCCACCGAGCCCCUCCAGCUUGGUGAAGAAUCCGGAGUGAUCCUGCAACCUGACUUCGAAUUUGACGAAGAUGGAAAUAUCGUAGAGCUUGCUGGAUCAGUUCAGCCUGAGACAAGAUUGCAAAGGAACAUGGCAGCCAUGGAAGAAAGAGCUGCAGAUGCUAUGGAGGUUGAUGUAACAGAGAAUUUCGUCAUGGAAGAUCAGCCGGCUUUGCUUGACGAAGGACCCAGGACAGAACUACCAGAUUUAAAGCUAACAACCGAAAGCGUUGACAUACAGAAGACCACCCAAAACCGCGCCUCUAUCUUUGACCAGGAAGUAAACGAUGAAGAUGCUGUGGAGUCGAAUAUGGCAUUGCAGCAGAAGAGAAGAGGCCCAAAGCUCAUUGGUUUAGAUGAGCAAGUCGCACUGCGAAACACUGAAAUGGCCCAGUUGAAUAGUAACUAUGUGCAGAACAUGGCAGCAGCCUCGAAGCAGAAACAGAGAAACAAGCUUCCAACCUUGGCAAAGAAGAGGGCUGCCUUCUGGGUCUUCGGUCAAGGCAUUGGUUCUGUCGGUGUGGGCGUGGGGUUGUCUCAAGUCACGCACCCAUUGAAUUCUUUCUCGGGCAAGCAGCUGUAUGAAAAGCUCCUUGAUGAGUCAAAUGGUCGAGUACGCAAGCGUGUCCAUCCCUCGAUCGAGGGCGGGUCCGAUCUCGAUACCCGGCGUGUCCGUCCACGGGUGGAGGAUGAAGAUCAGAUCGGACGUCACGACGACAGGUUAUGGAACGAGGACGUCGAAAUUGGUCGCAAUGCACCACCCUCUCUUCGCGAUGACCACUCCAUUCAAAUGCCAUGGAACAUCACAGCAUCGGUCCAAAGCUCUCGGCAGGGCUCGUCUGCUGCGAAUAUCUUUCGCGGUUUUGGCAGCGCUAGUGACUUUUCAUCGCAUGGCAUUUCCGAUACCGGAUUUGGAAGAGCACGCAGUCGUCUCACAAGCGCAAGUCCCCUUGCUGGUCGUGGGUUUCCUUUCGAUGCUGAAGCGCUCAAUGUCCUCUCCAUUCCCGGAAACGAAUUGGGUGAGCUGGACAACCUUGACGACUUUGACAUCUCUCAGUAUCUACACACAGAGCUUGCGAUAGAGCAUGGCGGAGUCCUUGAGGACCGAAUAAUGGGAGCAGGCUAUGAAACGCACUCUGUUGUUCAGGGCCUGCAAGUGCUCAAUGAUGAAUCACAAAAGUCAACACUUGACCAAGACAGCUUAAACUUCCUCAAGUACUUGGAAAGCAUAUUCAUGACCGCGACACCUGCAAACGAAGAGGAAGUUUAUGACCCGAAUGGUCCAGCCGGGGAAAUUAAAUCAGUAACAUUCUCCACACUCCUCCCUCCGCAGAAGACCUCUCACAUCGUGGCUACUCAAGGUCUCAUGCAUGUGCUUACCCUUGCAACUAGAGGUAUACUUUCGGUACACCAAGAAGCAUACGAAGACCAAAGCACUGAAGAGUAUGGCGUGCGAUAUAAGUACGGAGAAAUUCACAUAUGCAUACCCGGAUUGUCGGAGGCUACUGCAGCACAGCAUUGA